AUGGCUGAUGAACGUCCUUUGCUGCAAGGUCCACUCUCCACAGUGCCCCCUCGCGUCGUCCUCACCAAGGUUCGCCACCCAGUCCUCCCACAGCGCAGAUGCAGUGGCAGUAUUAUGGUGGCACAUGACAUUGUCAUGCGGGACUAUACUUCCGAUUUCCAGGAACUGUUUGAAAACCUCACUAAAGUCAUAAAGGUCAAGAUUAUGAAUGAGACAGGUGCCUGGGUGGCUCAGUGGGUUAAAGCCUCUGCCUUCGGCUCAGGUCAUGAUCCCGGGGUCCUGAGGCCUCCCUGUAGGGAUCCGGAAGCCAGGCCUGGAGCCCCGGUCCGAGCCUGCUUACAGACCUGGCUGCAUCUAGGGAUGGGCCGAGCCCUGACAGGGCAGAGGCCAGUGUCUGUUUCGUGUUUUCCACCACGCUCGGCAUCACCUCUGUGCCACGACGAGGAGGCCACCAUCGUGAGCAAGACAGAGCUGGGCUUUGACCUGCAGGAGCCGUGCUCUCAGAAGGCUGCGGAGGACUAUGUCCAGUUGUACUAUGUGGACGAACUGGACAGGAAGCUGGUCUGUGCCACCAGGUGCACCGCAGGGACGAAGUUGCGACUGAACUGUCAUGAGGGUGAAUGCCAGCUGCGACCACGUGGCCCCCGCUGCCUAUGCCCGGCCUCAGACACGCACUGGUACUGGGGAGAGACUUGCGCCUUGAGUACCAGCAAGAGCCUGGUGUCCGGGAGUGUGGGGACUGUGGGAGCACUGCUGGUGGUCACGGUGGCGGCAGGAAUACGAUUUGUCUCGCGAGAGUGGCACGGAGAAGAUGUUCCUGGCACCUUCCAGAACACAGGCAUUUGGGAAGGUGCUUCUCACCAGGGGCAAGCUGAUCUGGUCUGUUGGCCUCAUCCUCUCUCGGUCCGUUGCUGUAGGGAGUGUGUGCUCGUGACCCCAGAGCAGCGGCUUCCUCCUGUUCCACCCUUCCCCAGGUCGCCAGGGCACCUGCCUAUGGCCAUGACUUUUGACCCCGAGGCACAUCAGGGGGCUGCGGUUCCCUCCUGUCCUUUUGUCACCCUGGGCCAGCUCCCCGGGGCGUGGGUGCGCUGCAGAGUCCUGUCACAGGAAAUGCAAUGGUGGGAGGUUGGAGAUACUUCAGGGAAAAUGUGGGACUGCUCUUCAAAGCUGUCCCUUUAUGGGAAAAGGCUCCUCUCUGUAUCUCUCCAGCCUCCGCCGGGCUCAGUGAGGCCGGCCCCUCUCUCUGCAGGUGAGAAUCUGAAGCGGGACCCAAUCAGCCUUGAAAACAUCUAUAGCCACUUCCAGCCCUCCCUGGAGAACGUUAACCCUACCACAGAGCUCCACAUCCAGAGGCCCAGGGUGGUGACAGCGACACAGUGAGUGAGCCAGGGGCUCCCGCCCAUCAUCCAGAUUUGAACACCAAGACAGCGGCAGACGGAGCCCACCACAGUGUUACUCGCCCACCUCCCCCACUGGUCAAAAGGAAACAGGCAUCAGGGCCCAAGGUGGUCCUGCUCAGAGCCGGUGGGCUUGGCCCGGCCCCUGCUGUGGGCCCCCCUCUCCUCCCUUGCCCUCCGUCCAGGAGCCCCAGGGCUGCCAGGACACCCCAGCUUCUUUGUUUGCUCCAAUGACUCUCCACUCUGGAAU